AACAGACGCGGGUGGGCAGCUCAGCCGUGGCGCUGAGCCGGGUCGCCUCCCAGGCUGGAAUCCCUCAUCACUUGGUACCUCCCUCCCCGCCCUGCCCCGCCCUGCCCCGCCCUUCCCGGCCCUGCCCUGCUCCGCCCUGCCCCGCCCUGCCCGGCCCUGCCCUGCUCCGCCCUGCCCGCCGCUACCUCUUAACCCGAUCCUCCAGUGCACUUGGCAGUUGUUCCAGACGCAUAGAAAGAUAUCGCCGGGAAGAGCUGGGCCCGAUUUGGGGUCCAGGCAGGUUUUGAGGCCUCCUAUCUGGUGGGAGGAGGCCGCAGUGCACCACCCUGCUUGUCACUGGGAUGGAGACCGGCUUUCCCGCAGUCAUGUACCCUGGAUCUUUUAUUGGGGGCUGGGGAGAUGAGUAUCUCUGCUGGGGAAGACCGGGGCUCCCAGAUUUCAGCUUCCAGCAGCAGCCCGUGGAGUCUGAGGCAAUGCACUGCAGCAACCCCAAGAAUGGAGUUGUGCUGGCUACAGUGGCCCGAGGUCCCGAUGCUUGUCAGAUACUCACCAGAGCCCCGCUGGGCCAGGAUCCCCCGCAGAGGACAGUGCUAGGGCUGCUAACUGAAAAUGGGCAGUACAGGAGGACCUGUGGCCAGGGGACCACAAGAAUCAGGUGUUAUUCUGGAUCAGAAAAUGCCUUCCCUCCAGCUGGAAAGAAAGCGUUCCCUGACUGUGGGGUCCAAGAGCCCCCCAAGCAAGGGUUUGACAUCUACAUGGAUGAACUAGAGCAGGGGGACGGAGACAACUGUUCGGGCAGAGAAGGGAUGGCGUUUGAGGAUGUGUAUGAAGUAGACAGCAGCACACUCAAGUCAGACCUGCACUUCCUGCUGGAUUUCAACACAGUUUCUCCUAUGCUGGUGGAUUCAUCUCUGCUCUCCCAGUCUGAAGAUAUAUCCAGUCUUGGCACAGAUGUGACAAAUGUGACUGAAUACGCUGAAGAAAUUUAUCAAUACCUUAGGGAAGCUGAAAUAAGGCACAGACCCAAAGCGCACUACAUGAAGAAGCAGCCGGACAUCACGGAAGGCAUGCGCACGAUUCUGGUGGACUGGCUGGUGGAGGUUGGGGAAGAGUAUAAGCUUCGAGCAGAGACCCUGUAUCUGGCUGUCAACUUCCUGGACAGGUUCCUUUCGUGUAUGUCUGUUCUGAGAGGGAAAUUGCAGCUCGUGGGAACAGCAGCUAUUCUUUUGGCUUCGAAAUAUGAAGAGAUAUAUCCUCCUGAAGUAGAUGAGUUUGUCUAUAUCACUGAUGAUACAUACACAAAACGACAACUGUUAAAAAUGGAGCACUUGCUUCUGAAAGUUCUAGCUUUUGAUCUGACAGUGCCAACCACCAACCAGUUUCUCCUUCAGUACUUGAGGCGACAAGGAGUGUGCGUCAGGACUGAAAACCUGGCUAAGUAUGUAGCAGAGCUGAGUCUACUUGAAGCAGACCCAUUCUUGAAAUACCUUCCUUCAUUGAUAGCUGCAGCAGCUUUUUGCCUGGCAAACUAUACUGUGAACAAGCACUUUUGGCCGGAAACCCUUGCUGCAUUUACAGGGUAUUCAUUAAGUGAAAUUGUGCCUUGCCUGAGUGAGCUUCAUAAAGCGUACCUUGAUAUACCCCAUCGACCUCAGCAAGCAAUUAGGGAGAAGUACAAGGCUUCAAAGUACCUGCGUGUGUCCCUCAUGGAGCCACCUUCAGUUCUUCUUCUACAAUAAGUUUCUGAAUGGAAGCACUUCCAGAACUUCACCUCCACAUCAGAAGUGCCAUUAAUUGUCAUAGGCUUCUGCAGUUUGGAUCAACUAUGUUGUUUACAAUAUAGAUGACAUUUUAAAAAUGUAAAUGAAUUUAGGUUCCCUUAGACUUUAGUAGCUUGUAAUAUAGUCCAACAUUUUUUAAACAAUAAACUGCUUGUCUUAUGAC